AUGAGGAAGCUGCUAGACAAGGUGGAUCCUGAAGCGGAAAUGAAGGAUGGUGGCAGCUUGCCUGUGGGUCGGCAACCUGAGAGUGAACCUGGACUUAGUCAGGCUGGAGAUCAGCCGGCGCCUGGGCGGUGCCACAGCAGCAGCUUGGAGUGGCAGCAGCUGCUGCUGCUGUUGCUGACUUUUGGCCCUUCUAGUUCCAGAAGCAACGAGACUGGUGGUUCCAAGGAGACCGGCAGCUUGCCCUUUCAAAAAGGGGAGCGCUUGCAGGUCUGGAGCAACUCAAAGAACAGUUGGCGCAAUGGGGAAGUCCUGGAGGCUUUCCCAGUGGCCUGUAAAGCAGAAGGAUUUGCAGUGCCGGCAGGGACUCUGAAGGUAUCAUUUGAUGCCGGGACCAUCAAGUGGGUCAUGCCGGGUCAAGCAACGGCCAUUCUCCGGAAGGCACCGUCGUGA